UCGGGCGGGGCCGAGCUGGGCCGGGGCCGUGUGGGGGCCGGGCAGCGGCCGGGCCGGCGGACGGCGGGAUGGGCUGCACCGUGAGCGCCGAGGACAAGGCGGCGGCCGAGCGCUCCAAGAUGAUCGACAAGAACCUGCGGGAAGACGGAGAAAAGGCGGCGCGGGAGGUGAAGUUGCUGCUGUUGGGUGCUGGGGAGUCAGGGAAGAGCACCAUUGUCAAGCAGAUGAAGAUCAUCCAUGAGGAUGGCUACUCAGAGGAGGAAUGCCGGCAGUACCGGGCAGUUGUCUACAGCAACACCAUCCAGUCCAUCAUGGCCAUUGUUAAAGCCAUGGGCAAUCUGCAGAUUGACUUUGCCGACCCCUCCCGCGCGGACGAUGCCAGGCAGCUGUUUGCACUGUCGUGCACGGCUGAGGAGCAGGGCGUGCUCCCUGAGGAUCUGUCUGGUGUUAUCCGGAGGCUCUGGGCUGACCAUGGUGUGCAGGCCUGCUUUGGCCGCUCGCGGGAGUACCAGCUCAACGACUCUGCCGCCUACUACCUGAAUGACCUGGAGCGCAUCGCACAGAGUGACUACAUCCCCACGCAGCAGGAUGUGCUGCGGACUCGCGUGAAGACCACGGGCAUCGUGGAGACGCAUUUCACCUUCAAAGACCUACACUUCAAGAUGUUUGAUGUGGGCGGUCAGAGGUCUGAGCGGAAGAAGUGGAUCCACUGCUUUGAGGGCGUCACAGCCAUCAUCUUCUGCGUAGCUUUAAGCGCCUAUGACCUGGUGCUAGCCGAGGACGAGGAGAUGAACCGCAUGCACGAGAGCAUGAAGCUGUUUGACAGUAUCUGCAACAACAAGUGGUUCACGGACACGUCCAUCAUCCUCUUCCUCAACAAGAAGGACCUGUUCGAGGAGAAGAUCACACACAGCCCCCUGACCAUCUGCUUCCCUGAGUAUACAGGGGCCAACAAGUACGAUGAGGCAGCCAGCUACAUCCAGAGCAAGUUCGAGGACCUGAACAAGCGCAAGGACACCAAGGAGAUCUACACGCACUUCACGUGCGCCACCGACACCAAGAACGUGCAGUUUGUGUUCGAUGCUGUCACUGAUGUCAUCAUCAAGAACAACCUGAAGGACUGCGGCCUCUUCUGAGGGGCAGCAGGGCCUGGCAGGAUGGGCCACCGCCGACUCUGCUCCCCCCAGCCCCUGAGGAAGAUGGGGUCAAGAGGACCACGCUCCCCGCCUGUCCCCCUGGCCGCUUUUCCCCUUCUCUCCUCUCUCUGUUCUUGGCUCCCCCUCUCCCCUCCCUCAGCUCCAGAGACUUGGGGGAAGGGUUGCCACAGGCCUCCCUGUUUGAAGCCUGCCCUUAAUCCCAGGUGCAGGGAAUGGCCACCAUACCCCCUCCUGGCAUCUGUUCUGGUUUUAAGUGUUGUCUUGUUCUGUGAUGGGGGCGGGGAGCACAUGCUGAGUCUCCCAAGGCCUGUGUUUGGAGGGGCACCCACUUCUCCAGCCUGGGACCCCUGGCUUCACCCAGCACCAGCCCCUGACCCAACCCAAGUCCAAAUGUUUACAGGGAGCCUCCUGCCCCCACCAACCCCCUCCCCACAAGCCACUCGGAGGCCCCAAAGGAAAAAGCACAAGAAGCGUGAGACGCCACCAUUCCUGGAGACCACAGUCCACCGGCUCAUUCUUGUAACUUUUUUUUAAAAAAAACAA